UGAUUAUACUGUGUUCAAGUAUUUAGUAGGGUAAAGAUAAAUUGCGAUGUGCUUGUGAUAUUUUAACUAGAAUAUAAUGAUUAGUGAGAAAACAAUUUUGAGGACAUUGCCCAACGUCCUAGUCUUAUCCUUCUGCGCCUCAUCAGUUGGUGCAAUUCUAGAAAAGGCAGAUGACUCAUUCCGAUUACCUUCAACGAUACAACCUCUUCAAUACAAUUUAUCAAUAGAGCCAAACUUCGCAAACAUCACAAAAGCAUAUUUCAACGGGAGUCUUUCUAUAGACCUCAAAGUAAUCUCUACAACGGACCAAAUUACGUUGCAUGCUAGAGAUCUGUUCAUUGAUUCGCGCGCUCUUCAAAUCGUCGAUAAUGGAACGAGUCAAAAAAUUAGUAACAUCACAGUGGAUACCACAAGAGACUUCUAUACGAUUGGUCUAUUCCAACCAUUACGGGAAAAUCACCACGUUGUUCUCAUCAUCGGAAAGUUCUCAGGAAGGCUGAAAUUUGACAAGGUUGGAUUUUACUUGGCAAAGUAUAGGAACAAGGCGAAUAAGGAGAGAUUUUUAGCCCUAACCGAUUUUCAACCGAUUGGAGCACGUAAAGCUUUCCCCUGCUUUGAUGAACCUUCCUUCAAAUCAAAAUUCAUCAUUUCGAUUGUACGCGGAAAGGAAUACAUCUCUGUUUCUAACGAGCAACUAGUUAGGACUGUAGAUCUGGGAAACGGGCGGUUUCUCGACAUCUACAAAGAAACUGUGAAAAUGUCAACGUACCUUAUUGCGUUUUCCGUCUCUGAUUAUCAGCGCACCGUACAAAAGGGACUGUUUCGAGUGUAUGCCCCGCCCGAAGUUAUCCAAAGAGGAAAAACAGACCUUGUGCUAUCCAUUGCCAACGAUGCUUUGAAGGUCCUAGAGAAUUAUACUGGCAUUAAAUAUGCGAUGGGUAAAUUAGAUCUAUUCGCUGUGCCGACUGAUUAUUUUGAACCGGGAGGAAUGGAAAACUGGGGACUGAUCACGCUUAGUGAGAAGAAUUUAAUUUGCACAAAUGAGUCGACCAUUGACCAAAUUCGUAAGUGUACAUUAUUGACCGGACACGAAAUUGCUCACCAGUGGUUUGGGAAUUUGGUCACACCAACCUGGUGGAAUUUCCUAUGGUUGAGUGAGGGGUUUUCUACCUAUAUGGAAUAUUACACCACCUCACUGAUGCGUCCAUCGUGGAAGAUGAUGGAUCAAUUUCUGGUUUUCUUGAUGCAGCCACUACUCAAAAUGGAUACAAAAGGCUCUUAUUAUCUUAAUUUUCACCCUCAAUAUGCAGGAUCACUACCAGUUGCGUAUACUAGUUACUUUAAAGGCGCCGCAAUAGUGAGAAUGUUAGAACACAUACUAACCCAAGACACAUUUCAGUUAGGGAUCAGAAUGUAUUUAAAAAAAUUUGCAUAUGGUUCAGUGAGCCCUAAAGAUCUCUACGACACUUUCCAAACUGCCAUCAAUUACCGUAACAACACCCAUCUAUUAGCAAAUGUAAGUGUUAGUGAAAUAAUGAGCACUUGGGAUUCAUUCCCUGGAUAUCCAGUGGUCAACGUUUCUCGAAAUUAUUACGAUGGAUCGAUCAUACUAUCUCAGGAAUCUUUCGGUAACUCAAACGUUGAUCAUCUCUGGUAUAUUCCCAUUAAUUUCGUUGAGGGCACGAGUACGUUAACAACACCUCAGAUGUGGCUCAAGGAGAAGUCUGUCAUUUUUUAUCCAAAUGCUUCUAUAAACUGUAUAUUGGUUAACAAUCAACAAACAGGCUAUUACAGGGUAAAUUACGAUAUCAGAAUUUGGAGAUCACUCACGCGCCGAUUGACCAACAAUAGACUGGAUGUUCACGUUUCAAACAGGGCGCAAUUGCUAGAUGACGCUUUUGAAUUGGCACACUUCAAUUAUAUACCGUACGACAUACCCUUAGGCUUAAGCCUUUAUUUACGUAGAGAAGUGGAAUCUUUGCCCUUUUUGGCAUUCUUCAAUAACAUAGAGAAGGUAAAACUUUAUCUAGAGUCACUGGGAAAAGAAGAGAUGUUUAAGAAUUACAUAAAAAACUUACUUGAGGAUCUUUAUCGGAGUUUAGGUUUUGAAGAGACGGAGUUGGAUGAAUACCUAAACAAACAUAGUCGAAUAAGUAUCAUUACAUGGGCCUGCAAUUUAAAUUUAUUCAACUGUAGAGACCAAGCUUUGAAAGCCGUGAGAUCUUGGCUGUCGAAUGGUACAAAGAUCGCUAUAAACUUAGAGGUGCCAAUUAUGUGUGGUGCCAUGCAAAUGGCGCCUGUUGACGACUGGAAAAUGUUGUAUGCGAAAUACGAAUCCAUCCCAGAUGGGGAAAGGAAGUGGAAAUUACUGACUGGCUUGGGCUGUACGAGCCACAAAAUGUUUCUAGAGAAGAUUUUAGAUUUAAUCUUUAUGAAGAGUAGCGGUGUUAGUGUUGCGGAUAAAAAAAUUGCGCUCAUGAGGAUUCUGCAAAUCGAUCAGACCAGAGUUGAGAUGAUUUUCAAAUAUUUUAUAAGGCACGUCUCUUCUACAAAUGAGAUCUAUCAAGAGUUGCGAGUAGCGGACGUUUUGUGUAAAUACAUCACAUCGCAACAACAAUUAGAGUUAUUAAAUAUGUUGAGGUUAUCAUUUCCGCAUUCAUCCGCAAUUCGUUCGUGUUUGAAUCAUGUUAACAACAAUAUGGCAUGGCUGCGCGAAGACAGGCUGAAGACCAUAGUUAAGUGGUUUGAAGAUUAUGAACGAUACUCAAAAAAUAUCGUGUAAUGUAAAUUGAGAACAAUUUUAUAAUUUUUUUGUUCUUAAAUAAACAUUAAUCAUCGCC